AUGGGACCUGGCUGCGAUUUGCUGCUGAGGGCAGCAGCUACCGUCACUGCCGUCACUGCCGUCACUGCCGCCAUCAUGUCAGACACGGACAGCGAGGAAGAUUCAGCUGGAGGCGGCCCAUUUUCUUUAGCGGGUAUCCUUUUCGGCAACAUCAAUGGAGCGGGGCAGCUGGAGGGGGAAAACGUCUUAGAUGAUGAGUGUAAGAAGCACUUGGCAGGCUUGGGGGCUUUGGGGCUGGGCAGCCUGAUCACUGAACUCACGGCAAAUGAAGAAUUGACCGGGACUGGCGGUGCCUUGGUAAAUGAUGAAGGGUGGAUUAGGAGUACAGAAGAUGCUGUGGACUAUUCAGACAUCAACGAGGUGGCAGAAGAUGAAAGCCGAAGACACCAGCAGACGAUGGGGAGCUUGCAGCCCCUUCGCCACUCGGAUUAUGAUGAAGACGACUAUGAUGCUGAUUGUGAAGGCAUUGAUUGCAAGUUGAUGCCUCCUCCACCUCCACCCCUGGGACUAAUGAAGAAGGAUAAGGACCAAGAUGCUAUUACCUGUGUGUCUGAAAAUGGAGAAGGCAUCAUCUUGCCCUCCAUCAUUGCCCCUUCUUUUUUGGCCUCAGAGAAGGUGGAUUUCAGUAGUUACUCUGAUUCAGAAUCUGAGAUGGGACCUCAGGAAGCAACACAGGCAGAAUCUGAGGAUGGAAAGCUGACCCUUCCAUUGGCUGGGGUUAUGCAGCAUGAUGCCACCAAGCUGUUGCCAAGUGUCACAGAACUUUUUCCAGAAUUUCGACCUGGAAAGGUGUUACGCUUCCUACAUCUUUUUGGACCAGGGAAGAAUGUCCCAUCUGUUUGGCGGAGUGCUCGGAGAAAGAGGAAGAAGCAUCGUGAGCUGAUACAGGAAGAGCAGAUCCAGGAGGUGGAAUGCUCGGUAGAAUCAGAAGUCAGCCAGAAGUCUUUGUGGAACUAUGACUACGCUCCACCACCACCUCCAGAGCAGUGCCUCUCUGAUGAUGAAAUCACGAUGAUGGUUCCUGUGGAGUCCAAAUUUUCCCAAUCAACUGGAGAUGUAGAUAAAGUGACAGAUACCAAACCAAGAGUGGCUGAGUGGCGUUAUGGGCCUGCCCGACUGUGGUAUGAUAUGUUGGGUGUCUCCGAAGAUGGCAGUGGGUUUGACUAUGGCUUCAAACUGAGAAAGACACAACAUGAACCUGUGAUAAAAUCUAGAAUGACGGAGGAAUUUAGAAAACUUGAGGAAAGCAAUGGCACUGAUCUUCUGGCUGACGAAAACUUCCUGAUGGUGACACAGCUGCAUUGGGAGGAUUCUAUCAUCUGGGAUGGGGAGGAUGUCAAACACAAAGGGACAAAACCUCAGCAUGCAAGCCUGGCAGGCUGGCUUCCUUCUAGCAUGACUAGGAAUGCAAUGGCUUACAAUGUUCAGCAAGGUUUUGCAGCCACUCUGGAUGAUGACAAACCUUGGUACUCCAUUUUUCCGAUUGACAAUGAGGAUUUGGUGUAUGGACGCUGGGAGGACAAUAUCAUUUGGGAUGCUCAGGCCAUGCCCCGGCUGUUGGAACCUCCUGUUUUGGCACUUGAUCCCAAUGAUGAGAACCUCAUUUUGGAAAUUCCUGAUGAGAAGGAAGAGGCCACCUCUAACUCCCCCUCCAAGGAGAGUAAGAAGGAAUCAUCUCUGAAGAAGAGUCGAAUUCUCUUGGGCAAAACAGGUGUCAUCAGGGAGGAACCACAGCAGAACAUGUCUCAGCCAGAAGUGAAAGAUCCAUGGAAUCUCUCCAAUGAUGAGUAUUAUUUCCCCAAGCAACAGGGUCUUUGGGGCACCUUUGGAGGGAAUAUUAUCCAGCAUUCAAUUCCUGCUAUGGAAUUAUGGCAGCCCUUCUUUCCCACCCACAUGGGGCCCAUCAAAAUCCGGCAGUUCCAUCGCCCACCUCUGAAAAAGUACUCAUUUGGUGCACUGUCUCAGCCAGGUCCCCAUUCAGUCCAACCUUUGCUAAAGCACAUCAGAAAAAAGGCCAAGAUGAGAGAACAAGAGAGGCAAGCCUCAGGUGGUGGAGAGUUGUUUUUUAUGCGCACACCUCAGGAUCUCACAGGCAAAGAUGGAGAUCUUAUUCUUGCAGAAUAUAGUGAGGAAAAUGGACCCUUAAUGAUGCAGGUUGGCAUGGCAACCAAGAUAAAGAACUAUUAUAAACGGAAACCUGGAAAAGAUCCUGGAGCACCAGAUUGUAAAUAUGGGGAAACUGUUUACUGCCAUACAUCUCCUUUCUUGGGCUCUCUCCAUCCUGGCCAAUUACUGCAGGCACUUGAGAACAACCUUUUUCGUGCUCCAAUGUAUCUUCAUAAGAUGCCAGAAACUGAUUUUCUGAUCAUUCGGACAAGACAGGGUUACUAUAUUCGGGAAUUAGUGGAUAUUUUUGUGGUUGGCCAGCAGUGUCCCUUGUUUGAAGUUCCUGGGCCUAACUCCAGAAGGGCCAAUAUGCAUAUUCGAGACUUUCUAGAGGUUUUUAUUUACCGCCUUUUCUGGAAAAGUAAAGAUCGGCCACGGAGGAUACGAAUGGAAGAUAUAAAAAAAGCCUUUCCUUCCCAUUCAGAAAGCAGCAUCCGGAAGAGGCUAAAGCUCUGCGCUGACUUCAAACGCACAGGGAUGGAUUCAAACUGGUGGGUGCUUAAGUCUGAUUUUCGUUUACCAACGGAAGAAGAGAUCAGAGCUAAGGUGUCACCAGAGCAGUGCUGUGCUUAUUAUAGCAUGAUAGCUGCAAAGCAACGACUGAAGGAUGCUGGCUAUGGUGAGAAAUCCUUUUUUGCCCCAGAAGAAGAUGAGGAAGAUUUCCAGAUGAAGAUUGAUGAUGAAGUUCACACUGCUCCUUGGAACACCACAAGGGCCUUCAUUGCUGCCAUGAAGGGCAAGUGUCUCCUAGAAGUGACUGGGGUGGCAGAUCCCACAGGGUGUGGUGAAGGAUUCUCCUAUGUGAAGAUUCCAAAUAAACCAACAAAGCAGAAGGAUGAUAAAGAGCUGCAGGCAGUGAAGACAGUGACAGGAACAGAUGCAGACCUUCGUCGCCUUUCCCUGAAAAAUGCCAAGCAACUUCUACGUAAAUUUGGUGUGCCCGAGGAAGAGAUUAAAAAGUUGUCCCGCUGGGAAGUGAUUGAUGUGGUGCGCACAAUGUCAACAGAACAGGCUCGUUCUGGAGAGGGGCCCAUGAGUAAAUUUGCCCGUGGAUCAAGGUUUUCUGUGGCUGAGCAUCAAGAGCGUUACAAAGAGGAAUGUCAGCGUAUCUUUGACCUACAGAACAAGGUUCUGUCAUCAACUGAGGUCUUAUCAACUGACACAGACAGCAGCUCAGCUGAAGAUAGUGACUUUGAAGAAAUGGGAAAGAACAUUGAGAACAUGUUGCAGAACAAGAAAACCAGCUCUCAGCUGUCACGUGAAUGGGAGGAGCAGGAGCGGAAGGAACUACAGCGAAUGCUACUGGCAGCAGGCUCAGCAGCAUCAGGAAACAAUCACCGAGAUGAUGACACAGCUUCCAUGACUAGCCUUAACUCUUCUGCCACUGGAUACUGUCUCAAGAUUUAUCGCACAUUUCGAGAUGAAGAGGGGAAAGAGUAUGUUCGCUGUGAGACAGUCCGAAAACCAGCUGUCAUUGAUGCCUAUGUGCGCAUACGGACUACAAAAGAUGAGACAUUCAUUCAGAAAUUUGCCCUUUUUGAUGAAAAACAUCGGGAAGAGAUGCGGAAAGAACGGCGGAGGAUUCAAGAGCAACUGAGGCGGCUUAAGCGGAACCAGGAAAAGGAGAAGCUUAAGGGUCCUCCUGAGAAGAAGCCCAAGAAAAUGAAGGAGCGUCCUGACCUAAAACUGAAAUGUGGGGCAUGUGGUGCCAUUGGACACAUGAGGACUAACAAAUUCUGCCCCCUCUAUUAUCAAACAAAUGUGCCACCUUCCAAACCUGUUGCCAUGACAGAAGAGCAGGAGGAGGAGUUGGAAAAGACAGUCAUUCAUAAUGAUAAUGAAGAACUUAUCAAGGUUGAAGGGACCAAAAUUGUCUUGGGGAAACAGCUAAUUGAGAAUGUGGAUGAGGUUCGCAGAAAAUCUCUGGUUCUCAAGUUUCCUAAACAGCAGCUUCCUCCAAAGAAGAAACGGCGAGUUGGAACCACUGUUCCUUGUGACUAUUUGAAUACACCUCAUAAGUCCAUCCACCGACGCCGCACAGACCCUAUGGUGAUGCUGUCAUCCAUCUUGGAGUCUAUCAUCAAUGACAUGAGAGAUCUUCCAAAUACAUACCCUUUCCACACUCCAGUCAAUGCAAAGGUUGUAAAGGACUACUACAAAAUCAUCACUCGGCCAAUGGACCUACAAACACUCCGUGAAAAUGUGCGUAAAUGCCUCUACCCAUCUCGGGAAGAGUUCAGAGAGCAUCUGGAGCUAAUUGUGAAAAACAGUGCAACCUACAAUGGGCCAAAACAUUCAUUGACUCAGAUUUCUCAAUCCAUGCUGGAUCUCUGUGAUGAAAAACUCAAAGAGAAAGAAGACAAAUUAGCUCGCUUAGAGAAAGCUAUCAACCCCUUGCUGGAUGAUGAUGACCAAGUGGCAUUUUCUUUCAUUCUGGACAACAUUGUCACCCAGAAAAUGAUGGCAGUUCCAGAUUCUUGGCCAUUUCAUCACCCAGUUAAUAAGAAGUUUGUUCCAGAUUAUUACAAAGUGAUUGUCAAUCCAGUGGAUUUAGAGACCAUACGUAAGAACAUCUCCAAGCACAAGUAUCAGAGUCGGGAGAGUUUUCUAGAUGAUGUAAACCUUAUUCUGGCCAACAGUGUUAAGUAUAAUGGACCUGAGAGUCAGUAUACUAAAACUGCUCAGGAGAUUGUGAACGUCUGUUACCAGACAAUCACUGAGUAUGAUGAGCAUUUGACUCAACUUGAGAAGGAUAUUUGUACAGCUAAAGAAGCAGCUUUGGAGGAAGCAGAAUUAGAAAGCCUGGACCCAAUGACCCCAGGGCCCUACACAUCUCAGCCUCCUGAUAUGUAUGAAACCAACACAUCCCUCAGUACGUCUCGAGAUGCCUCUGUAUUUCAAGAUGAGAGCAAUAUGUCUGUCUUGGAUAUUCCCACUGCCACUCCAGAAAAGCAGAUGUGCCAGGGCCGAGGUAGGCUGGGUGAGGAAGACUCUGAUGUGGAUAUUGAAGAGUAUGAUGAUGAGGAGGAGGAUGGGAAACCUAAGCCUCCAGCCCCAGAAGGGGGAGAUGGUGAUCUUGCAGAUGAAGAGGAAGGAACUGUACAACAACCUGAAGCCAGUGUCCUGUAUGAGGAUUUGCUUAUGUCUGAAGGAGAAGAAGAUGAGGAAGAUGCUGGGAGUGAUGAAGAAGGAGACAAUCCUUUCUCUGCUAUCCAGCUGAGUGAAAGUGGAAGUGACUCUGAUGUGGGAUAUGGUGGAAUAAGACCCAAACAACCCGCAUGCUUCAGCAUGCUUCAGGAGAACACAAGGAUGGGUAUGGAAAAUGAAGAAAGCAUGAUGUCCUAUGAGGGAGACAGUGGGGAGGCUUCCCAUGAUUUGAAGGAUAGCAACAUCAGUUAUGGGAGCUGUGAGGAGCCUGAUCCCAAGUUGAACACCCAAGACCCAAGCUUCAGCAGCAUCGGAAAUUUGCAGCCGGGCGUGGUGGCUCACACCUGUAAUCUCAGCACUCUGGGAGGCUGAGGCGGGCAGAUCACCUGAGGUCAGAAGUUCGAGACCAGCUUGGCCAACAUGUCGAAACUUCAUCUCUACUAAAAGUACAAAAAUUAGCCAGGCAUGGUGGUGCAUGCCUGUAAUCCCAGCUACUCGGGAGGCUGAGGCAAGAGAAUUGCUUGAACCCGGGAGGUGGAGGUUGCAGUGAGUGGAGAUCACGCCACUGCACUCCAGCCUGGGCGAAAGAGUGAGACUCCAUCUCAAAAAAAAAAAAAAAGAAAGAAAAUUUACAAGCAUGGUAUCAUCUCACUUUUCUA